GACCUUUUGAACAGUGCGUGUACACUAGCAAAAACAUGCCCCUGUCGUCUCAAUUCACCUGCACCACGCCGUCAUUGCUCCCAAUUGCAUGUCACCCACGGUUCUUUUCAGGGGAAGGCUCAAUUGACAUCCUCUGGCCUCUGAAGUCCUCCAAAUUCCUUGAAAUCGGCUGGUGCGAAGCGGUGUUCGUCCGCCUCGAGAAGGCAGGAUGAGCUCCCCCAGAGCCUCGUCGCAGCGUAGGCUCUCUUCUGUACUCCAUCCCGACCCCGAUCCUUACCCCUACCCCCUGGCUACUCACGGAAGUGGCACCCUUACGACGCUCAUCCGUAACCGAUCAAACGCGAGUAUAAAGAGUAUACGAGAUGCCCAGACGGCCGGCAGAGCCCUUCACUUACAUGCACCCGAUGCCCUUCGUGGGCACGACGUCAACAGGGACCAAAAUGGGGACGACACCGACGACACCACGCCCUUUCUUUGGUUCAGGAGCAGAGAUCAUGACAUGGACGAUGUCCAUCCCCACCGUCCGACUUCCGAGGAGCGCCGCCUGAGCCAGCUUAUUUUCAGCCCGCAGAUGAGGAGCAUGCGCCUUAUCGGAAACAGCAACCCCCGGUAUCAGUGGGAGAGAUACUGGAAAACCCAGGACCAGCUCAAGGCCAUGUCGAAUCCCCUGCGGAAGUACUACGAGCGCAACAACGACCUCAUCCGCAUGUACCUGUAUAUCGACCAGUUGCUGGACUCCUCCGUACCUCACGAGCUCUUGAACGAGUACUCCCAAUCCCUGGACGCGUCAGCGUUCCGCCAUGUAGACGUUCCUCACACCAUCUCCGAAGAAUCCCGUCUGGCGGACAACGCAACUAGAGCUUCAGACGGAGGUGAUGGGUCCAGUGCCACGGGUGUUGUCUCGCCGAGCGGCUCGUCCAACAACAAACUCAAAAGGAAUCCGAAAGACAUCUUCCGCUCUACUGAGACAACCCCCCUGCUUGUCGCUACGGAUCGCGACCAGGCAGUCUGGGACGAAGAGGAAGGUCGAGCCAAUGGCGAUUAUCCUAAGCCCGAAAUUCCGUGGCUCGAAGGUGCCGGCCUGAACAGCAGCGAUCCCAUCGUGACCUUGGCGAUCUGGGUCAAUAUGAUUGCCAAUGCCGUCCUUUUGGUGGCUAAAAUCUUCGUUGUGGUUUCCGUCCCCUCCGUCUCCGUCCUUGCUAGUCUCGUCGACGCCGCUCUCGAUUUUCUGAGCACUGCCAUCGUCUGGAUAACCACACGCCUUAUAGCCGCGAGCCAGAAUGACCAAUUUCGAUAUCCCGUCGGCCGGGGUCGCCUCGAACCCAUAGGUGUCCUUGUCUUCUCUAUAGUCAUGGUCACUUCCUUUUGCCAGGUUGCCUUGGAGGCUAUUCAACGGCUCGCAUCGUCCGAUCACUCCAUAAUUCAACUUGGCGUCCCUGCUAUAGGUAUCAUGAUUGGCACUGUCGUUAUCAAGGCUGCCUGCUGGCUCUGGUGCCGCCUCGUGAAGAACUCGAGCGUCCGCGCCUUGGGCGACGACGCCAUGACCGACGUGAUCUUCAACACCGGCUCCAUCUUCUUCCCCAUCGUCGGCUUCUACGCCCGCAUCUGGUGGUUUGACGCCCUUGGCGGUCUCCUCCUCUCUCUGAUCGUCAUCAUCAACUGGAGUCAGACUUCAAUGCACCACGUCCGCAAUUUGACGGGCUUCUCUGCUACUCCCGACGAGCGCAACCUACUGUUGUAUCUCACCAUGCGCUUCUCGACUGCCAUCAAGCAAAUCCAGAAUCUGCGCGCUUAUCACGCCGGCGACAAGCUGUUCGUCGAGGUCGAUAUCGUCUUGUCGGCCAACAUGCCUCUCAAAGAUAGUCACGAUCUCAGCGAGGUUAUCACCUACUUCCUCGAAUCCGUACCAAUCGUCGAUCGAGCCUUUGUGCACGUCGAUUAUGCCACUUAUAACUUUCAAACUCACAUCAACACGUAACAGGAGGACCCGCAGUGCCCUGGAGUUUGAAUCCGACCAAUGGACUUUGACUUCGACACUUACUAUCAUUGCCCUUUUUUUCUUUUUUUUCCCCCUCCCCUGGACAGAAAGCCCUAGAGGCGAGUUACUUUGCAAAAGACAUUUCAAAGAAGGUAUCCAGAGGCCACAUGGCGCAGGCGCUUGCUAAUUUGUAGAUUAGAAUGAGGGGUAUUUGCACGGUGUCCGUACGUAGGU